CCCCGCAGUAUAAAUAUGGCGCCGCGCCCCUCAUCGGAGCAGAAACAGAAGCAGAUAGCCAUUGAGAAGGCGGAAGAGGCGAGCAUGGCCGGGAAGGUGGGCAUGGAGAGGGCGGCGGUGGAGGUCACCGUGAGGGAGCUGGACGUGGAGCGGGACCUGCCGGCGGUGGAGGAGCUGGAGCGGCGGUGCGAGGUCGGCCUCUCCGGCGACCAGGCCGACGGCGGCAAGAAGAAGAAGAAGAAGAGCAUGUCGCUGUGCGUGGAGCAGAUCGGCGACCCGCUGGCCAGGGUCCGCCACGCGCCGGAGCACGUCAUGCUGGUUGCUGAGUGCGGGGUGGAGAUGGUCGGCGUCGUCAAGGCCUGCAUCAAGAUGGUCAGCCGCGGCCGCGGCAUCGGGUCUUCUUCCUCCUCCGGCUCGGUGGCGAAGCAGCAGCAGCCGGCGACGGCGUACGUGAAGGUGGCCUUCAUCCUCGGCCUCAGGGUCUCCCCCUCCCACAGGCGGCUGGGGAUCGCGACGGCGCUGGUGAAGGCGGCGGAGGAGUGGAGCCGUAAGCGGGGCGCGGCGCACGCGACCAUGGCGACCACGGAGUCCAACAAGGCGUCGCUGGCGCUCUUCACCGGCCGGUUCGGGUACAAGCAGUUCCGGCGGCCGGUGCUCCUCGGCCGCCCAGUGCACGCGCGGUGGCUGCCGGUCACGAGCCGGCACCGCGUGCUCCAGCUGCCGCCAACGCUGGCGGCCGCGGCCUACGCGCGCCUCCUCCCGCCGCAGGACACCGAGUUCCUCCCCGCCGACCUGCCGGCACUCCUCGCCCACAAGCUCACCCUCGGCACCUUCGUGGCCAUCGAGAGCUCCGACGGCCACACCGCCGCGGCCGGCGCGCCGUCGCCGUCGUUCGCCGUGCUGAGCGUCUGGGACCAGACCCGGUCGCUCCGCCUGCGCGUGGACGGCGCGCCGGCGCUGCUCCGGCACUCCCUGGCCGCGGUCCGGGCGCUGGACCGCGCCGCGCCGUGGCUGCGCGUGCCCUCCGUGCCGGACAUCUUCCGCCCCUUCGGCGCCUACCUCAUCUACGGCGUCCGCAUGUCCGGGCCGGAGGGCCCGGCCCUGCUCCGCACGCUCUGCAGCCACGCCCACAACAUGGCCCGCAACAACCCGGCCUGCGGCGUCGUCGCCGCCGACCUCAGCCCCGACGACCCGGCCGCCGCCGCCAUCCCGAGCUGGCGCCGCUUCUCCUGCGACGAGGACGUCUGGUGCAUCAAGAACCUCUCCGACAGCAAUGCCGCCUCCUCCUCCUCCGACUGGCCGGCAUCGGCGCCGCCGGGCAGCGUGCUCUUCGUCGACCCCCGCGAGUUCUGACGUAGCCGCCGCAAUGCCAUUGGCAUGCACGGCGCAGGCAGGAGCAGGCAGAGUCGUCCUCUGCCCAAUUUUGACAGACAUGUACAUUGCACCCGGUGGCAAUUACCCUGCCUUUGCCACCGGUGGCAUCAACUCCCCCAGGCUUAAUUCAGUCGUGCUACUCAAGUAGAAAUUUUAAAACUAGCUUAAACUUGAUUUAUUUAGUUUGUUUUUCAAGCAGCCAGGAUGAACAAUGCAUCGCUAGCUACCUUGUUUAUGUUAAAUUGAUCAUGGUGCAUACAUGGCAGAAUGAGUCAAUAUUUUCAUCUUAAAA